UUGGCCUAAAGUCGACCCAGAGUCCGGAGAUGGGUUUCAGGGCCAGGCUGCCAUGAGUCCCGGGGGCCGCGGGCGGCCCCGGCAGCGGCUCGGCGAUCGGGGCUUCAUGCAGCCCCCCUCGCUCUCCAAGCGCCGCCUGCUGCCGCGCGUGCAGCUCCUGCCCCUGCUGCUGUUGGCGCUGGCCCUGGCCUUGGCUGUCUUCAUCGUCUGGAACAGCUGGCACCCGGGGGUUCAGGAGCCGUCGCGGAGCCGGGAUCUGCGGGCCCCGCUGACUGGAAGCCUUCAGGAAGCCAAGCUUCGAAGGGUGGUAGGGCUGCUGGAUCCGCAGCGUCUCUGGGGGACUUUCCUGCGUCCCCUGCUGAUUGUGCGGCCCCCGGGUAGUCCUGGCAAUCUCCAAGUGAGAAAGUUCCUGGAGACCACGCUGCGGUCCCUGUCAGCAGGCUGGCACGUGGAACUGGACCCUUUCACAGCCUCAACACCCCUGGGGCCGUUGGACUUCGGGAAUGUGGUGGCCACGCUUGACCCAGCAGCUGCCCGUCACCUCACCCUGGCCUGCCAUUACGACUCUAAGUUCUUCCCUCCUGGGUCGGCCCCCUUCGUGGGGGCCACGGACUCGGCGGUGCCCUGCGCCCUGCUCCUGGAGCUGGCCCAGGCCUUUGAUGUGAUGCUGAGCCGUGCCAAGCAGCAGGCGGUGCCGGUGACUCUGCAGCUGCUCUUCUUGGAUGGGGAGGAGGCGCUGGCGGCGUGGGGACCAAAGGACUCCCUUUAUGGCUCCCAGCACUUAGCUCAGAUCAUGGAGUCUAUACCACACAGCCCUGGCCCCACUAGGAUCCAGGCUAUUGAGCUCUUUGUCCUUCUUGACCUUCUGGGAGCGCCCAGUCCCAUCUUCUUCAGUCACUUCCCCCGCACAGCCCGCUGGUUCCAACGACUAAGGAGCAUCGAGAAGCGCCUUCACCGUCUGAACCUACUGCAGUCUCACCCGCAGGAAGUGAUGUACUUCCAACCGGGGGAGCCCCCUGGCCCCGUGGAAGACGAUCACAUCCCCUUCCUCCGCAGAGGGGUCCAGGUUCUCCACCUCAUUGCCACGCCCUUUCCUGCCGUAUGGCACACCCCUGCUGACACCGAGGCCAACCUCCACCCACCCACCGUACACAACCUGAGCCGCAUCCUCGCCGUGUUCCUGGCCGAGUACCUGGGACUCUAGUCUGCACACAGAUGCUCUGGGAGGAUCUUACACCCGGCUGGGGACAUGACGGGGACACCUGGAGCCAGUGCGGGGUGGCCAGGCUCACCUUAGAUGUAUGCUACAACCAUCUCAAGCCACUGCAUUUCAAAGACACGCCAGAAACACCGGGGCCAUUUGAAAGCCAAAGGGCUUUGGCUUCUGUCCUGAAGUAAAGACUGAUCUGGAAGUCCCCAGGGAUCAAAUGCUGUGACACGGGCUGACACCUGGGCCAGCGCCACCAACCGAAUGAAUGCUCUGUGGAGAAUGUUUCACAUUUGUCGUAAGUAACUUGCUACUGCGUGGACCAGUUCUGACUCCCAUGGGCUUCAGAACUCAGGACAGAGAUGAAGCCCAGCCAGGUCUCCACAUCGGCUUAGAGAAAGCCACAAUUCCCACUGGGAAAUGACAUUAGAGUUUCUUCCUUCAAAAGGAGAGGUCUUUCUAGGGUUAGAGAGGGCCCAGUCAGCCCCGGACUACCAUUUCCUUUGGUAGAGCAAACUUUCCUUGAAGGCAUGAGUCACCUCACCCAGCACUAUUUCUCAAGACAAGGUCUAACUGUAUAGCCCUGACUUCCCUAGACGUGUGCAGUCCUGGUUAGCAAAGUUUCCAAUCCUCCUACCCAGUCCCAGGGACUGGGUAAGAUUGCUACCUCGCCAUAGCCAGCCAGGGGUUAUUUCUCAAGUCCAUGUAAAAAAACAAAACCAAAAACAGGCUUCCAAAUCCACCCCAAACCCACUGAGCCAGGACCAACGGAAGGGGUAGGGACAAGAGUAGUAAGAGCGGGUGUUGUGGAACUCACCUUUAAUCCCAGCACUCAGGAGGCAGAGGCAGGUGGAUCAAGGCCAGCCUGAUCUACAAGAGCAACCCUGUCACAAAAAGCAAACAAGGAAUAAACAUUUGUGGGUAUCUUUUUAA